CAUGGGCCUGUGACACGGAUCAUUACGGAUACAGUGGUUUCCAUUCCAUACACUUUCCAGGUUGUCCACUCGCGCCAGCAGCGGAACCAAGUCUGCGCCAGGCCCAGACAGGUCCAAGAAACGACGUCCGACGAAGACGCUCCGUCGGGUACUUCCGUUCGCACAGCAGAAGCCGAUGCUCCUCCAUGGCAGGUAACCGCCCGCGGCUUCGCCCUCGCCCUCGCCGACCCCGACCGCAACCGACGCCAUGUCCAUGUUCUCGACUAUCACGACGGCGCCGGCCAAGCAGUCAGUGAGCGAGACCAUCCCGGUGCUCAGCAACCGCCUGGCCACGGCAACGCUCCUCGAGGACCGCCGCGCCGCGAUCCUGGGCUUGCGCAGCUUCGCCAAGCAGUAUCCAGCCUCGGUCGCGUCGGGCGCCCUGCGUAGCUUGAUCGGCAGCCUCAGCCGCGACGGCGAGGAUGUCGACACGGUCAAGGUAGCGCUGGAGACGCUGCUGAUGCUGUUCAGCCCGGACCCGGACAGCCCCGAGGCUUCGGAGGAGAUUGCCCUGUGGGUGGCUGACGAGUUCACGCAGCGCCAUGAGAACAUUGCUCUGUUGCUGGGAUUUUUGGGGCCCGACCGGCCCGACUUCUACUCCCGCCUCUACUCGCUACAGCUGCUGUCGGCCAUCUUGUCUGCGCGGACGGAGAGGACCGAGGAAUGCAUCGUCAACACGAACGACGGCAUUCCCCGGCUUGUGGCCGUCCUCGAGGACCCGAGGGAGGCCAUCCGUGAUGAGGCCGUCGGUCUGCUCACUGACCUCACCCCGACGUCCAACGUCAUCCAGAACCUGGUCACGCUCGAGAAGGGCUUUGCGCCAAUCUUCGAGAUCCUCUCCAAGGAAGGCGGUCUGGCAGGCGGUGCGAGGGUUGUAGAGGACUGUCUGAUAUUGCUGGCCAACCUGCUCCGGCUCAACCCCCUGAACCAGACCAUGUUCAGAGACAUGGGGUUCGUUGCGGAGACCAGCCGGCUUCUGAGGGACGCGUACAAGGAGAGCAAGGACGGACAGGAGGUUGCGGAAUGGGUAGAGGUACAACGCAACAGGAAUGUGUACGCCAUGCUCGCCGUCCUACGGCUGUUCCUUGUGCCGGGGGCGGCAGGAACCGCCCUGAACCAGGAGGCCUUCCUGGGCGACUUGCUAUCCGCCGGGCGUGGCCGUGGACGUGGGCCGCCGGUCCUAGAGAACACGUUGCAGAUUGCCUUCUCCCAUGUCGCCGAACUGCCGAUCAAAUCCGAAGCGCUUCUAGCCUGCGCAGACAUGAUCAGAGGAAACGACAAGGUACAGGCGCUGUUUGCUGGUCUGCAAGUACCGUCGCCGCUCGCGGACCCGGUCGCCAACGGACAUGGUGUUCAGAAGAACGGCGUUCCGAGGGUUUAUGUCAUUGACGGACUGUUGGAUCUCAUCCUGGCGGUGAGCUCGUUGCCGGCUUUUGACCUGCGGAUGGCUGCCUGUGCCUGUCUCAAAGCAUACUUCUACAGGCACGCCGAGAUUCGAAUGCACUUCCUGGACCACGCGGUCCGGACGCACAGGGCGCAUGCUGAUGACCUUACCAAUGUCCUCACCAUCCUCCUCCGACCGGCGCCGGAGAUGGUCACGGCAGAUCCCUACCGGUACUGGUUCGCUGCGGUGCUCAUGCUCCAUCUCGUGCACGACAACCCCGAAACAAAAGCGUUGGCCAUGAGUGUCACGGAAGGCGACGAGGCCAGCGGUGAAGAAGUGGUCACCAGUAUCCAGACCAUGACAGCGCACCUCUUGAGCAGCGUUGCCAAGUCGGACGACCCGCGCAUCAGCAUCGCCUACCUGAUGCUGCUGCUGUGCUGGUUAUUCGAGGAUCUCGAGGGGGUGAACGACUUCCUGGGCGAGUUUACCAACCUUCAGGGGCUGAUCCAGGCGGCAAUCGAGAAUCCCAACGGGGAUAUCAUGGUGCAGGGACUAAGCGCGAUGCUGGCGGGUGUUGUGUACGAGUUCUCCACCAAGGACUCGCCGGUCCCACGGGCGAAGGUCCGGGAGAUGAUCAUGUCACGCAUGGGCCGUGAUCGCUAUGUCGAAAAGCUGUCGAGACUGCGGUCACACCCGUUGAUGAGGGACCACGAGGUCAUCCCCCAGAAAUUGGAGCCGAGCCUGGACCAAAGACUCCCGGACGUCUACUUCGACGACACGUUCGUCGAGUUCUUCAAAGACAACUACAGCCGCAUCCUGCGCGCCAUCGACCGCGACCCAGACUCCGAAACGUCCGUCAUCACCAACGGCGUCCAAAAGGGCGUCUCCCGGCAGCUGGUCGAUUCGCUGCGCGCCGAAGUAGCCGAGACAUGCCAAGCGCUGCAAGAAGCUCAAGCCCAAACCGCCUCGCUCGCAGAACAGCUAACCGCAGAACAAGCUGCGCACCGGCGGACCAAGGACGUCCUCUCCGCCGACGUCGCGCGGGCGAACGAGGCAACCAACGCCCUCCGCGCGCAGCUCGCCAGCAAGGACAGCGCCAUCCAGGCCGCCGAGGCGAACACGCUGAACCUCACCCGCCAGCUCACGCACGAACAGCAGGAGCACCACCGCUCCAAGGCCGAGCUGGCCCGCCUGAAGACGGUCAACGACGCGCUGCAGCGUGCCCACGCGCAGGAGCUCGCCUCGGUGCAGCGCAGUCACGCCCAGGAAGUCGGCGCGCAGCAGGGCAAGCUCCGGGCGCGCGAGGAGGAGCUGCAGCGGCAGAUCGAGGCCGUGCAGAAGAGCGCCGAGCAGGACGCGGAGCGCGUGCGCAGGCGGUCGGAGGCCGAGAAGGCCGAUCUCAAGGCGACCAUCAGCAGGCUGGAGGUGGACCUGAUGAAGGCGGACAAGGCCCGCGGCGCGGCAGAGGCGAAGAUAGGGCAGCUAGAGGCGGAGGUCAAAGCGAAGGACGAGAGGGUGGAGGAGGUGGAGAGGCGAGUAAGGGCGAAGGAGGAGGAGGUGAAGAAGGCGGAGGAGAGGGCUCGGAAGGCGGAGGAGGAUUUGAGAGGGUGCAGGGAGAGGAUGGAGCGGGAGGCGAAGGAGGCGAGGGCAAGGAUGGAUCAGAAGGAGGAAGAACGCAAGAAUGCGCAGAGCGAGCUGGAUGAUAUGUUGAUGGUCUUUGGGGAUCUGGAGGAGAAAGUGACCAAGUAUAAGGAACGGCUCAAGGCGUUAGGCGAGGAGGUGUCUGAUGGAGAAGAGGAGGGCGACGAGGGCCAGGAUGAAGAAGGGCAGGAGGACUAGGCAGAAGCCUACAAGGGGGGGUUUUGACCUUGUGUGUAAAAGAUGUCCAGCUCUAUGGCAAGGACCUCUCCUCGCACAUCGAUCUGGGUUUCAGAAUCAGGCAUCAGACACAGGUUACGGCAUGCAAACCAGGCGGGCGUGUCAACGAGGUCUACGGCCUCCUAGACAGAUGCAUCACACAUCAGGACUUGCGUGUCCGGUGCUGCAUACCUAUUCAGGCACCCGGUAUGUAUUGUACUACAGUAUAUAUACCACAUAAAGUGACGCAACAAAAGCCGCCGAAGUCUCCCCGCACAU